AUGACAGAGUCUACUCGUCGCUCCACGCGCCAAGUGAAUAUGAAAGAGUCUCAAGGCAACGUCGAUGACGGAGGGGGUGGUGAACCCACCUCCCAAGCGCCUUCGAAAAGGGCGAAGACCGGGAGGCGCAUGCGCGUCAUUUCUCCCGCACCCAGCACAGACGACUUGACCGUGCCGCAGUCCGGAGCCGCUGCUCAGCCCCCCAUGGACACGUCGGAGGCGGACGAAGCGCAGGGAGAGGCGCUUGCGCCUACGGCGGUUGUCGGGGACAACGGAGGCCCAGAGAAGGAGGUGACGGGGCAUGGCGAGAGCGAUGACGAUGAGGGCGGUGAGGAACGUGUAAAGAACAAGUUUAUCGACGAUGAGGCGGAAGAAGACGACGAGGGAGAAGGCGAAGACGGGGAGAAAGCUCACCCGGAUGCAAUCGAAGACUUGGGCGUCGCAAUUGGGCGCAAUGACAGCGAUGACGAAGAUAUAGUUGACCUUGGGGGCGCUGUCUCUGGUCCUGAGGCCGUACAAGUCCAUAUCAACGGUCUCCAGCCCGCCGCUCAGUACUUCAGGAUGUUCGUUCUCGACAAGAAGCACCCAGUUUACUUAGCCAUCAAGGCGGACGCUAUAACGAAGUACUACGGCGUCAAUCCGUACUUCUUCGCACAGGGUGUCUACAAUGCGAUGCACACAUACGAUGAGGUUCCCCUUUUUUCGACCUCUGCAUACCGUCCGGAGAACGCUACGGACUACCCGGAUCCCGCUACCACGUUGGAGAAGAUUUAUCCGCAGUUCGAUCUUUUGAGGACGCUUGCCACCAUCGUCGGCUUUAGGGAGGGCGCUGGUUACAUUAACCUCAGCCGUAUCGACCCUGCCCGAUUGCUGUUCAUGACUAUGGACAGACGCAGUCGCGACACCUCGCUCGUCACUGUCGCCGACAAGAGGACACCCGUUAUGUGCCUGACGGGCGGACUCGUGAGGGACUUCUUCGUUGGGCCUGAGGGUCGGAUCUUCAACAAGGAUCCCCGUCGCGGUAUCAGCAUCGCUCCUCUCGAUGGCGAGCCGGCCCGUAUCUUCGCUUGCCUGAACGAGGUCGCCAAGUUCUCGGGAGAUGAUCAUCACAAGUUCCCUCUGUACGACAACGGUAGCGUCGCUUUUUCUACGAAGCCGGGGAAGGACGGUCGGAAGCCUAACGUCCCCGGUUACCCAGCGAGCGCGAAGGCGAAGCGGGAGAAGCCCGAGCUGAUCUCGGACGGAUCCAAGAAUUUCCGCAAAGCAGGGGUGCUCGAGUACAUGGACGAAAUCCCCGUGAUCGAUGCUCGGUCGAAAGCCGUCGACUGGGGCGUCGACACUCUGAAGGACUUGAAGGACGAGCGCAACUGGCCGCGCUUCGUGGGUAUGCUGGACAGAGACGCUCUCGCAGUCGUCUUCUACACCGUCUCCCGAUGGCAAGUUGAUCAGAAAGCGGUCUCGUUCAACAUCGAUAGCAUUGUCGUCCUCUCCGACAGCAUCGAUGCCGAGAGCUCUCGCGCGACGAAGGCCUUGAAGGAGGUGGAGAAGGAAGCACUCGCGCGGAAGAAAGCGGAGUUGGAGCAGCAGGCGAAGGAUGAGGCGGAGAAAAAGGCUAAGAAGAGGGCGGAGAGGGAGAGGGGCAAGCGUGCGAAGGCGCUUUCGAGCAGUGCGCAGGCCGAGGACGUGCCUGUCGGUGUCGGCGCCCCUGGCACUGACGGGGACGUCGCCGAGACCCCGGUCUCCGGUACGAAGAAGCGUCUGACUCAUGAGCGCCCUGCAGUCGCUAAUCAAGGAUCGCCUUCCAAGAAGAUCCAGACCCGGUCUGCGAUUCAGACAAUCACCGUCGUGAAGUUUGGGCUAAGGGCCAUGUUAGCGCCUUCUACUGCCCCGAAAUCGGCAUCCCCGAGGGUUGAACUCGGGGCCGUUAUGCGGUUGGGCAAUCCAAUCCCCAUCGACGACUCGGCUGUCGAAGCCCCUAUUAUCUACUGUCGCUAUUUCAGAAUCCUUCGGUCCUACGAGAUCGAGCCGUACGUGGUGCAUACUCCUGAGUAUCACGUCCUUGAAGAUUGGUGCUACAUCUACGAAGACACCGUCGCUGCCGAUGGGGUUGAUCCGACUUCAUCGCUGAUUCCAUGGCCAUGGAAGAGGCGGCUUGUGGUGUCUGCGCAGAGUUGA